GGAGGGUGCGCGGGGAGGGUGACUGAGUAUCGCUAAUAACAAGUUAAAGACUAAUAACAAUAAUAACAGACCACCUCCGGGAGGAUCCGCGGCGGACGCCGAGUGAGGGAUCCCCGCUGAGGCCAGCGGGGUCGCAGCGCUGGGUAUCUUGGAGAGACGCUCAGAGGCAUCAGUUUGUGGUGGUGGUGGAUGAUCUUUUUUGGGGGUGGGCGGGGUAGGGGCUGUGUAUGCGGGAGAAGGAAGGGGUGGGAAUCUGAGGAGACUACAUUUUUAUUAUUAUUUUUAAUUUUUUAAAAUAUUAUUUUCGCCGUGCAACGAGGACGCUCGGAAUUCACCGGCCUGUCGGCUCCCGAGAGGGGACCCCGGGAAUUGUGCGGUCGCUUUUCUUCACCUGCCUUUUUUUUUUUUUUUUUUUUUUUCUUUCGGUUGGUUGGUUUGAUUUUUUGUUUGUUUUGACUGGGGUUUUUAAAAUUUUUCUUACUCUCCUUGUCCGUCCCCGCUGAGCAGCGGCGGCAGCAGCAAUAUGGCUGGUGAUGGGCUUUUUGGGGGGCGCUGGCGGCGGGAGGAGCUCUCGGAAGCCCCUGCGCGCCCGGCUCGCUGUUAGCUAUGGCAAAUGGCAGCGGCGGCGGCUCCUACCCGGGCGGCAGCGGCAGCGGCAUUAGAAUGAGUAACAAUAUCAACGCCAACAAUCUCAACACAGACUCGUCCUCCUCCCCCGUCAAUGUGCCCAAGAUGGAUGCGCUCAUCAUCCCGGUGACCAUGGAGGUGCCCUGCGAUAGCCGCGGACAGCGCAUGUGGUGGGCUUUCCUCGCCUCAUCCAUGGUUACUUUCUUUGGGGGACUGUUUAUCAUCCUGCUGUGGAGGACCCUCAAGUACCUGUGGACUGUCUGCUGCCACUGCGGGGUCAAAAACAAGGAGGCCCAGAAGAUCAAUGGUGGUGGAGAUACACAGGCAGAUGGAGCCUGCAAACCAACAGAUGAAAAAGAGGAGAAUGUGGCAGCAGAAGUGGGAUGGAUGACGUCUGUGAAGGAUUGGGCAGGAGUCAUGAUAUCUGCCCAGACGUUAACUGGCAGAGUACUUGUUGUCUUAGUCUUCGCUCUUAGUAUUGGUGCUCUUGUAAUAUACUUCAUAGAUUCAUCAAACCCAAUAGAAUCCUGCCAGAAUUUCUACAAAGAUUUCACAUUACAGAUCGACAUGGCUUUCAAUGUGUUCUUCCUACUCUACUUUGGCUUGCGUUUUAUAGCAGCCAAUGACAAGCUAUGGUUUUGGCUAGAAGUUAACUCAGUGGUAGAUUUCUUCACGGUCCCUCCAGUGUUUGUGUCAGUAUAUUUAAACAGAAGUUGGCUUGGUUUAAGAUUUUUAAGAGCCCUUAGACUGAUACAGUUUUCAGAAAUCUUGCAGUUUCUGAAUAUACUCAAAACAAGUAAUUCCAUCAAGCUAGUGAAUCUGUGCUCUAUAUUUAUCAGCACGUGGCUGACAGCAGCUGGGUUCAUACAUUUGGUGGAGAACUCAGGGGAUCCAUGGGAAAAUUUCCAAAAUAAUCAACCGCUAACAUAUUGGGAAUGUGUUUAUUUGCUGAUGGUUACAAUGUCCACCGUUGGCUAUGGAGAUGUUUAUGCAAAAACAACCCUUGGUCGCCUUUUCAUGGUCUUCUUCAUCCUUGGGGGAUUGGCCAUGUUUGCCAGCUACGUCCCUGAAAUCAUAGAGUUAAUAGGAAACCGCAAGAAAUAUGGUGGUUCCUAUAGUGCGGUUAGUGGAAGAAAGCACAUAGUUGUCUGUGGUCACAUAACACUUGAAAGCGUGUCGAACUUCCUGAAGGACUUCCUGCACAAGGAUAGGGAUGAUGUCAAUGUAGAAAUCGUCUUUCUGCAUAAUAUCUCCCCUAACCUUGAGCUGGAAGCUCUUUUUAAACGACACUUCACUCAGGUGGAAUUUUAUCAGGGUUCAGUCCUUAAUCCCCAUGACCUGGCAAGAGUGAAGAUAGAGUCAGCAGAUGCGUGCCUAAUCCUUGCCAAUAAAUACUGCGCUGACCCAGAUGCUGAAGAUGCCUCCAAUAUUAUGAGAGUUAUUUCCAUUAAGAAUUAUCAUCCGAAGAUAAGAAUUAUCACUCAGAUGUUGCAGUACCACAAUAAGGCCCAUCUACUAAAUAUCCCAAGCUGGAACUGGAAAGAAGGGGAUGAUGCAAUCUGUCUUGCUGAGCUGAAGCUGGGUUUCAUAGCCCAGAGCUGCCUGGCACCGGGCCUUUCAACAAUGUUAGCCAACCUCUUCUCCAUGAGGUCAUUCAUAAAGAUCGAGGAGGAUACGUGGCAGAAAUACUACCUGGAAGGAGUUGCAAAUGAAAUGUAUACAGAAUAUCUGUCUAGUGCCUUUGUGGGUUUGUCCUUCCCUGCAGUUUGUGAACUGGUGUUUGCAAAAUUAAAGCUCUUAAUGAUAGCCAUAGAAUACAAGUCGGAAAAACGCGAAAGCAGAAGCCGAAAGCGUAUAUUAAUCAAUCCUGGAAACCAUGUUAAGAUUCAAGAAGGUACCUUAGGAUUCUUCAUUGCAAGUGAUGCCAAAGAAGUAAAAAGGGCAUAUUUUUACUGCAAGGCCUGUCAUGAUGACAUCACAGAUCCCAAAAGAAUAAAAAAAUGUGGCUGCAAACGGCUGAUCUAUUUUGAAGAUGAGCAGCCAUCGACACUAUCACCCAAAAAAAAGCAGCGAAAUGGAGGCAUGCGAAAUUCACCCAACUCCUCACCCAAACUGAUGAGGCAUGACCCCUUGUUAAUUCCUGGCAACGAGCAGAUUGACAAUAUGGAUGCCAACGUGAAAAAAUACGACUCUACAGGGAUGUUUCAUUGGUGUCCAGCCAAAGACAUCGAAAAGGUCAUUUUGACUCGAAGUGAAGCAGCGAUGACAGUUUUAAGUGGGCAUGUAGUCGUUUGCAUAUUUGGGGAUGUUAAAUCUGCUUUGAUUGGAUUAAGAAAUUUAGUGAUGCCAUUACGAGCCAGCAACUUUCACUACCAUGAACUCAAGCACAUUGUGUUUGUGGGUUCACUUGAAUACCUGAGAAGGGAAUGGGAGACACUGCAUAACUUCCCCAAGGUUUCAAUCUUGCCUGGUACGCCAUUAAGUCGGGCUGAUUUAAGGGCUGUCAACAUCAACCUCUGCGACAUGUGCGUUAUCCUGUCAGCCAAUCAGAAUAAUAUUGAUGAUGCUUCGCUGCAGGACAAGGAAUGCAUCUUGGCGUCACUCAACAUCAAAUCUAUGCAGUUUGAUGACAGCAUUGGGGUCUUGCAGGCUAAUUCCCAAGGCUUUACACCCCCUGGGAUGGAUAGGACAUCUCCAGACAACAGUCCAGUCCAUGGCCUUCUACGUCAACCCUCCAUUACAACAGGAGCCAACAUCCCUAUUAUAACAGAGCUAGCUAAGCCUGGCAAACUUCUGCCUUUGGUUUCAAUCAGUCAGGAAAAAAACAGUGGAACCCACAUUCUAAUGAUAACUGAACUGGUAAAUGAUUCAAAUGUUCAGUUCUUGGACCAAGAUGAUGAUGAUGAUCCCGACACAGAACUGUAUCUCACGCAGCCCUUUGCGUGUGGAACCGCGUUUGCUGUCAGCGUGCUGGACUCUCUCAUGAGCGCAACAUACUUCAAUGACAAUAUCCUCACACUGAUACGGACAUUGGUAACAGGAGGAGCCACACCAGAGCUGGAAGCACUGAUUGCUGAGGAAAAUGCAUUGAGAGGAGGUUACAGCACGCCCCAGACACUUGCAAACAGGGACAGGUGUCGAGUUGCUCAGCUGGCUUUGUAUGAUGGGCCAUUUGCAGACCUAGGGGAUGGAGGUUGUUAUGGAGAUCUAUUUUGUAAAGCACUGAAAACAUACAAUAUGCUUUGCUUUGGAAUUUAUCGAUUAAGGGAUGCACAUCUAAGUACUCCCAGCCAAUGCACUAAACGUUACGUUAUCACAAACCCACCGUAUGAAUUUGAGCUUGUGCCGACGGACUUGAUCUUCUGUUUGAUGCAAUUUGACCACAACGCUGGCCAGUCCCGAGCCAGUCUUUCUCAUUCCUCCCACUCCUCCUAUUCUUCCAGCAAGAAGAGCUCAUCAGUUCACUCUAUCCCAUCGACAGCAAACCGACCGAACCGCACCAAGACCAGGGAUUCCCGGGACAAACAGAACAGAAAAGAAAUGGUUUACAGAUGAGCCGGAUAAUGCCUAUCCCAGAAACAUUCAAAUCAAGCCCAUGAGCACUCACAUGGCCAAUCAGAUCAAUCAAUAUAAAUCAACAAGCAGCUUGAUACCACCAAUACGAGAAGUUGAAGAUGAAUGUUGACUCCUUCGAAGC